AGCUGAUGAAGACGAAGAUGAGUCAAAGGAUUACAAUGAGGGCUCGGGUGGAGAGUCGGAUGAGGAUGUAGUUUAUGAAGAGCUGGAAGAAGAAUGUAAUGGGGAGGGUGGCAGCGAGGAGGAUGAGAGUGAAGGCACAUGGACAAAGCUAUAGAUGAAGAUGACAGUGAUGAGGCUUUUGAAAAUCCCCCGCCCAAACAUGUAACGAAAACAUCCAAGAGAAAGCCAAGGGUGAAGUUGGUGGAUUUUAAAGCUCCAUACCAGAGACUAACAUCCAGGUCAUCACCCCAUUUAAUAACGACAGCUUUGAAACAACUCAAUGAUGUGCAGCGUGCAGUAGUAGUGCGAAUUGGUUUUGGGGCUUUGUUGGGAAUGAACAUCCUUGAGUUACCAGCGAGGUUGGGAUAUUGGUUGGUCAAUAAUUUUGAUGCUCGUAGCUGCAGUUUGGUACUGCCAGGGGGUGCAAAGUUGCACAUCACGUCGAGUGAUGUGCACAAUGUUUUGGGGUUGCCUUGUGAAGGUUUGAAAAUUGAGAAUAAUAAGAGCAAUAGGGACACUAAUUUACUGAAGCAGUGGAGACUCCAGUUUGGGAGUAGUAAAACAAGGAUAACACCAUCUGAAUUGGUGGAAAAGAUGCUAAGCUGUACGGACGGAGGAGAUUGGUUUAUAAGGCAUUUUGUGUUGAUGGUUAUGACGGUCAUGGUGGAUAGCACCUCACAUGGAUACACCAAUACUUUGGUUUUUUAUAUUGAUCGUGUUGGUAUAUUCACAAAAAGAGUGGCGAGAAAAUUUCCUGCGCUACAGGGAUGGACUGGGAAGGAGCUACGGGAGAGGGAGAAUGAAGAAGUUAGAAGUGGUGGGUUUGGAGCAGGGCAUGACUGUGGGCCUUUGGAUAAAGUCAAGCGGAUAGAGUUGAGUGAGAUGUCUGAGCGUAAUGCUGCACCAACAACGCUUGGUGUUGGUGAUUCAUCUGCAGUGCAUUCAAGCGAUGAACAAGAUUUGAAGGUGCUUGUGAGGGAAUUUGCGGCCAAAAGCAAGAUCCUAGCAAGCACGAUAAUUGACAUGAUAACAAUGGUUCAGGAAGCACCAAAGGAACUAUCGGGAUGUGAAAAUUUUUGUAAUUUAAGAGAUUUGGGAAACAAGUUGAUUGGUGUCACUCCCAAGUGCUCUAGUGAAAAAAAAUCGAAAUGGAAUGCAAUACCGGGUCUAGAUGAUGACAGCUUCUGGAGCAGCCCAGAAUUAUUGUCAGCAGCCGAUGAGAUGGAAAAGGCCGUUGUGCUGAGAUCUAAAUAUGAAGAACAGCUUAACGAUAUGCCAUCCUUUAGCCUUGGAUUUACGCAGAUACUGGACGGCAUGGAGAUAGUAGGCCAUGACACAAACAUGGUUGCUAGAGGAGGGCAAAGUGGCAAUGGAGGGAUGGACAGUGAGAAGAGAAGCAGAAUGGAAGAGGUGGGUGCGAGGAACCUAAAUAUAGGGGUGCAGGACAACAAUGAAGUUAGGGAGCAGCAUGUAUUAGAGGGGAUGGAGAGUGUUGGGCAGGAUAUGAAUGUGGAGAAUAUCUGUAAACAAAUUACUUCUGAAGGUGCUCCAAUGUCUGAAGAGGAUGUCAACUCUGAGAAAACAAAAGGGACGAAUGAUGAUGUCCAUCUGCGUAAUGAUCAGAUUGAAAAGGAAGUGAGAAACAGAAAGGCUGCCAGAAAUUUAGUAAAGAAAAGAAAGAAUGAAGAGCAGAGUGCUCAGAUUUUUCGCGAUGAGGAUGAGAGGGUCAAGAGGAAAGCAAAAUCAGCAGGGAUUAUGAAGUCACCUUACGUUGCACGUGCAGUGGACCCAAGAGAUAACCUGAGCAGUGUCGAAUCUCACGAAGAUACUGCGUUUAAGUUGUUUUGUGAUGCAUUGGAGUCUGGUAACACAUGCACAUCCCCAUUUAGUGCGGAUAUGAUUUUCUUUCCAAUAAUGCAGUUGAAGUGGUGUUAUUGUGUUUGUGUGAACAUCAAGGCUAUGAAGGUUGAACUUUUGGAUCUUUCCUCGUCGUCGGCAAAAGCAGAUGAUAAGUAUGAAGGAAUGCCAACUAACGUUCUUGACAUGAUUGUGAAGUAUUUUAGCAAUCAAGGAUUGGAAGGGAAGGUUGGGAAGGUGUGUUCCCAGAAACCAACGCGUUUGAAGAUGUCGUGGAGGGAUGUCACAUCUGUUUAUGAGUAUGGUGUGGCAACAAUGCGGCACAUGGAGACAUACAUGGGCCGAGGUUUAGAGGGAUGGGACUGUGGUUUAUCCAAGGAAGACCGGAAGGCAGUGAACACCCUUAGGUCCAAGUAUUGUGCUUGCAUAUCAGUUGCCGAAGUGAAUGAAAUGAAGGAAGUGAAUUUGAAGAAUUCAAAGGACUUCAUGAAGGGGUGAACAUUAUGUGGUUUGUUAUGUUUGGUUUUUUUGCUAUGAUGAUGGUCAGAAACAAAUGCGUGGUUGGCCUUAUGUAACUUUUAUUGCAGUGUAUUUCGUUUAUUGUGUCGGUCGUUUUAUGUUUGAAUUUUUUAUGGCAAUAUGGUUUGAAUGUGACGGUUUGAUUUUUGUUGACGGUUUGUUUUUGUAUGUUGAAACAUUUGGGAUGCUGUCAUUUUGUGCUGCCUAGUAAAAAUUUUGGAAAUUA